AUGGAUGCUACACAUGCAAAUGAAACCAAAAAUUGGGAUAUUGAAAUGCAACAUGCUUGUCCUGGAAUUUCAUCUUCACAAAAAUCUCGACAUCGCCGUCAUCGUCAUUCUCGUCAGCAACAAAGGAAAGCUUAUAUUCAGCAGAUCAUGCAUGAACAAGCUGCACUUCGGCAACAGAGCCAACAACAAGAGUUGGAAAUCAUCCGACUACAAAGUUUUAUCCAGAAAUUUCGUGAUUUCACGAAAAAGAUCGACGAUGAAGUGGAAACUAUGGUCCACGAGAAGAAAAUGUGUCAAAUUAUUCGUGCUCGAAAGGAUUAUAUCGAUUUACGGCCUAUACCAAUUACCGGUCCUAAAAAUUAUAGUUAUCGCUGGAAAAUGAUGGCAUUGUUAGAUUUCAACGAUCAUGGACAGUAUAUACUACCAUUCUCCAGACGAGUGGUGAACAUUCCGCAAGAAUUAUGGUCAAGACGUAACAACCAGCCGCCACCUGAAGGUUAUGAACUGUGCAAAUGUACAAAUUGCGAAGAGAAAACAUGGGAAGAUCAUGUUUUCAAGGAUGAUCUUGACGAUGAAGUUUCAGUGUAUGGUAACCUACAUUUGGAACGUGUACACUCGUAUACGAACAACAGAAAUGCAUUAAAUAACUUUAUAUCUGCGCGUUCAUAA